AGGCCGUGCCCCGGCGUUGCGGGAGGGGCGCGCAGCCAGCGGAGGAAGUUUGGAUCCUCCGGCACGCCGUAGGCGCAGCGCCGCCACCUUCCGCGCUUUAGCCGGGGCGCGGCGGUGAGAAACCGUCCCCGUUGGGAGCGGCGGUUUUUUUUUGUUUUGUUUUCCCUUCGUCACCGGUGCGCUCGGGAGCAGGCGGAGACAUGGCGGCUGCCCCCGGCGCUGCGCGGAGCCGGUUCGCGGUGGUGGGCGGAGGGAUCGCAGGAGUCACCUGCGCGGAGAAGGUAAAGAAAUGCAAUAACAGUGAUACUGAAUGAAAGUUUUGAACAACCGUUAAAUCUUAAUAAGAGCGCAGAGCUGGCUGCGGAAUUCCCAUCAGAAGACAUUUUUUUACUGACAGCUUCUCCACUUAUAAAAGCUGUAACGAAUUUCAAAAAGGUCUCCAAAACACUUGAGGAAUUUGAUGUAGAAGAGCAACCAAGUUCUCUAUUAGAAAAUCGAUAUCCCAAUAUUAAAGUUAUACAGUCUGGAGUAAAACAAUUGAAGAGUGAUGAACAUAAAAUUUUCACUGAAGAUGGGAAAGAAUAUACAUAUGAAAAACUUUGCCUGUGUGCUGGAGCAAAACCCAAAUUAAUUUUUGAAGGAAACCCGUAUGUAUUAGGAAUCCGGGAUACUGACAGUGCACAGGCUUUUCAGAAGAAUUUGGCUCAAGCGGAGAGAAUAGUAGUGGUAGGAAAUGGUGGGAUUGCACUUGAAUUAGUGUAUGAAAUUCAAGGCUGUGAAGUAAUCUGGGCUAUCAAAGACAAAGCCAUUGGGAACACUUUUUUUGAUGCAGGAGCAGCUGAAUUUCUCAUUCCAAAGUUAACUGCUGAAAAACGAGAGACUCCACUUGAAUGUAAAAGAACCAAGUACACAAUGGAAGAAAGCAAGGAAAAAGACAGACACGUAGCAGCAUCUGACAAACCGGGCAGUGCGUUAGGCCCUGAUUGGCAUGAGGGCUUACAUCUUAAAGGAACUAAAGAGUUUUCUCAUAAAGUACAUAUUGAAAUACUGUGCGAAGUAAAGAAAAUACACUCACAGCAAGAAUUCAUACAGCUGCAACGGACCUCUUUGACUUUUCCUAAGGAAGAGGAAAAUGCAGAACCAGAUGGUGUGCUAUGGCCUGUAUAUGUGGAAUUAACUAAUGGAAAAAUCUAUGGAUGCGAUUUUAUUGUCAGUGCAACGGGAGUUGUGCCAAACAUUAAACCAUUUAUUGAUGGUAAUAAUUUUGCUGUAGGUGAAGAUGGAGGUCUGAAAGUAGAUAAACACAUGCACACAUCCCUGCCAGAUAUAUAUGCCGCUGGAGAUAUCUGCACAGCAUCAUGGGAACCUAGUCCUGUGUGGCAUCAGAUGAGACUGUGGACUCAAGCUAGGCAGAUGGGAUGGUAUGCAGCAAAGUGCAUGGCAGCUGAUACUUUAGGGGAACCUAUUGAUAUGGAUUUCAGCUUUGAACUAUUUGCUCAUGUUACAAAAUUUUUCAAUUAUAAGGUGGUGGUUUUGGGAAAAUACAACGCUCAAGGCUUGGGUUUAGACCAUGAACUGAUGCUGAGAUGUACCAAGGGACAAGAGUAUGUUAAAGUAGUGAUGCAGAAUGGCCGAAUGAUGGGAGCUGUGCUGAUUGGUGAAACAGACUUGGAAGAAACUUUUGAAAACUUAAUUUUAAAUCAAAUGGAUCUUUCAGCCUAUGGUGAAGAUCUCUUGAAUCCAGAUAUUGAUAUAGAAGAUUAUUUUGAUUGAACAAAACCCCUCUUCCAUUUUGUAUUGAGUUCUAUAAAACCAUUUCCUCAGGAUUACCAGAAAUGAGAGAGAAAUGCAGUCCUGUAUGAAGAUUUUGUGUUGAUCUUGUCAAAAUACUGACCGGUGAAUUAAAUUAAUAUGCGUGGAAAUGCAGCAACAAAAGCAAGUUGGUUGGUGUUGGCAGAGACUUUUCAUCUGGAUUAGAUGAACAAAUAGCAGUCUUAAAAAGUGGGCUUCACUAUGCUGCUAAGAUAGCAGUGUGUUCAGUUGAAUCUGAAGGAACCUACACUUUUUAAAAGUAAACUUAUGGAAAGACUGAACACAUUUAUUUCUGAAGUAAAUGUAUUUUCUACUCAGCUAUGUACAGAACACAAACUUUGAAUGAAGGCCAGAAUGAGAUGUCACUGAGGCUGUUCUUUGAUUCUGUGUUGUCUCAGUGUGGAACAGACUAACACACAGGCUUUGCUCCUCUACUAUCACUGUCUACUUACUGUAUGAAAAUGAGCCUUCUAUUAUUAUGAAGCUCUUCCUUUUAUAUAAAUAGAUGUAAAUAUUACAAUGGCAAUAGUGUUCUAGCAACUUCUUGAAAUAAAUGUGAGAGAAGGGAGGUCAUGUGGUUCUUGGUUGAUAUUAGACUCUACUGAGUUAAUAAGGGUAAUUUCUUGCUUACUGAAUUUAUCCCAACAGCAUUUUACAGUGCUGGAUGUAGCAGUUCAGUAUACGUAAUCUUCUAGUUUAGGAGAAAUUAAGAGGCGAAAUCUAUAGCCCUGAGGGGCAAGGAAAGGACCAUGCACUCUUUUUUGUAUUAUCAUGUGGUUCAAAAUUUCUUUUUCAAUAAAUAGCAUUCCUAUGA